UUGACCUUGGACAACAAGUGCAACAAAUACAAAACAUUGGACACUCGUGUACACCACAGUUGGACAAUCGUAUACAACAGUUACAACAAAUCGGCCUUUGGAGCCCUUACCCGGGAGGAAAUCUUCCACAAACAUCGCAACCAUGGGUAUUCCUGUCACUCAAUUCGACUGACCGUUUCGGUAUCGAACCGAUAUUUACUGAUGCAGGAAUUGUUUCGCUAAAUUUCUGCAAAACCUUGGAGGAAUAA